AUGUCUGACAACCAGGACUUACCCAGCUUCGACUCCAUCUACACACAUCUGACCACAACACACGGCUUCACAGUGAUACCGCGAAAGUCGCCACAGCCUCACGAACGAGCGACAUCCCAUGCCAUUGCUGAACUCUCUAUCCAUCCUACUCUGGAGGCACUUCUACAUAUCUUGAACUCUGACCUCCCGAGCGCGCAUUUUCUCUGCCGCCACAUGCAGAACGCGCCAGCGUGGGAAGGCAUGUACAUUCACGGCCUCCUGCAUCGGGUCGAAGGCGACAUGGAAAAUGCCAAGGCUUGGUAUGGCGAUGUUGCUCAUUCUGAGUGCUUUCAGUACGCUUGGCCUGAGGGGUUGGAGAAAGCCAGGUCGUUUCUGGACGAUGUGAAAGCGGUUAAGGACUCGCCAACUUGCCCUCAGGAUCUACAGCAGCUCAGUAGACAGGAGAUCGACCGCCUGGCUGAGUGGUGCAAACGGCGUUUUGGUGUAGCAAGACUUGAGGAUGCUACGGAAGCGUGGGUCGAGCCUGGUGAGAAGCACCGUGAGAUGGCGGCGAAGAUGGUUGGUCGUGGCUUUCCAGAUGUCCGCGCGAACGGGGCCAACUUUGCAGAUUACUGGUACAAAUGGCAGAUCCUUGAUUCUGGAACCAGCACUUCGGCACCAGUCUGGGGCUCCGUUGCCGUCCUGCUCAACGCCGAACGAGCGGCCGUGGGAAAGAGUCCGGCAGGUUUUAUUCAGACUGUGUUGCAUCAACACCGAGAGGUCUUCCACGAUAUCCGAAGUGGCUCCAAUCAAGGCUGCGAUACCGAUGGCUUCGCCGCGGUCGAGGGAUGA